CACAGGGACUGACGUGGCUUCACAUUCCUUCUAAGCGUCGAGCUCGGGCACGAAAGUUGGGUAUUUUGAUCUUGGACGCAUGUUUGGUGGGAACUGGAGGGGAUAGUGAAUCGGCCAAUCAAACUUCUGCAAAAAUUCAGGAACAUACAAGUAGGACCUCAUUUGAUCUGAGAUGCGAUAUCAUUGAUUUGAGGGGUGCUGAGAAUCUUCCAGAGCUGAAGCAGAUCAAGAACAAAGCAGCAGCUUGCAAAGAUCUAAUGGAUGUUCCUGUGGGACCCGUGGAACCUAAACAGUUUUUGAAAGCAGCAGCCAAGGGAAACCAAGUUGAGAAGUCUCUGGAAGAUGGAGGCGAUCCGAACACCUGGGAUCAGGUGAAAACAGCACUACGUGGGGCUGCUCUGGGGAAUCAUGACAAAACUGUAGAAAAAUCUGGAGCAGAUAUCAACUUUAAGGACAGGCUGGACAGCACGGCCGUUCACUGGGCUUGCAGAGGUGGAAGUAUCGCGGCACCGAAGGUUCUUCAGGACAGAGGAGCUGACAUUAAUGUCAAAGACAAGCUGCUCAGCUCACCAUUACAUGUGGCCACACGGACAGGUCACAGUGACAUGGUUCAACACCUUUUAGCCAGCGAGAUUGACAUUAAUGCCAAGGACCGGGAAGGGGACACUGCCCUGCAUGAUGCUGUCAGAUUAAAUCGAUUUAAAAUUGUCAAGGUCCUCAUAGUGGCUGGAGCAAAUAUGCAGAUCAAAAAUGCUGUUAGAUACAGAUAA